AUGUCACUGAAAUUGCCAGAUAUUGAGUUAGUGUGGGCAAGUGAUGAUACUAUUAAAAGACGACUGACUGAAGAAGACUUUAAUAAGGACGGAAUCUUAAGAGAUAUUACUCAUUCGGAUAGAAUAACGCAUCUUGGCUGUGGUGCAGGUCUUCCUGGUAUACUGUGUGCAUUGCGCGGAGCUGCCCAUAUCACUCUUCAUGACUAUAACGAGUAUGUAAUACGGUGCUUCACAGAGGAAAACUUGUGCCUCAAUGGUGUUGACAAAUCUAAAUAUUGCUUAAGAAGUGGACCAUGGAGUGAAUUUCAAUCCGCUAUACAGCCUCAAUGUUACGACGUUGUCGUCACUUCUGAAACGAUCUAUAAUACAGAGGAUUACGAAAAUCUUCAUGAUGCUUUCGACUACGCUUUAUCACCAACUGGCGUAAUAUGGGUGGCCGCAAAAGUUUUCUACUUCGGCGUCGGCGGCAACGUUCCGACGUUCGUUGAGUUCGUUGAGAGCAAGGGUGUAUUUAAAGUGUCCACCAAAGAAUCUAUUUCGUCCGAUAUUCCAAGAGUUAUUCUGGAAUUGAAAAGGUAG